AUGGUCCUCUUCAAGCGCAAGCCGGUGCAGUUCCUGCCCGUGCCUGAGAUCGAAGAUGAGCAACAGGAGGUUUGGCACAUCCCCCAGACGGGUGAGGUCUUCCUCACAUAUGAAGAUUACUUGACGAGAAUGGACUUCUACAAGCAGAGACGCUUCAUCUGCCAAAUCAGUGGGCACUCUGGCCUCACUUUCUUUGACGCGCUCGAGAGCGAGCUUGCCGGGGCCGUCGAGGUGGAGCAGGCUUUCCCCGAGGCUCUGAAGGGUCCCAUCCUUCGGCGCGUCCAAUUUUCAACCGUAUCCCGGAUUGACACGCUCGUCGACCAAAUAUACGACGAAUUCAAAAACGACUACUAUCCUGGAGAGGCGGUUACGGUCCAUAUACUCGGUGGCGAGAGAUCUCACGGCAUCGUGAGGGACAAGACGCGCUUCGGCGCCAAGGUCCUCCCAGACGGCAGUGUGGCUCCGCCCUUUUCGCGCUACUUUGUCAGCCUGGAUGACCGGGCCGGCCAGGAAGUGAUGGUGGACGACUCCAACAUGUUCCGUGACCGUAAAGUGUUCACCAAGGCAGUCCUGCGGUCCUUCAUCAAGAAGACAGUGACAAGGGAAGCAUGGAAUGGCGCACCGUGGUUGGUCAAGCACGACGUGGCGGAUAAGUACCACAUCGACACACGAAUCCCGCCGCAUUUGCGGUACGACAACAAGCUGCUCGAGCGGAAGCAGUUGCAGCUGCAAAAGAAGGCUUCACAGUUCGAUCCCGCCCUGGUGUCUCCCGGUCCUGUCAGCCCGACCGGUUUCAGACUGCCAGAGCUAAAGCCAGCGCCUAAAAGUCACAAAUCCAAAGCACAACAGGCCCUUCAAGCGCAGCAGCAGGCGAUCAAGGGCAAGCACAGCACGUUCGGAGGGCACGAGCCCGGCCAGUUUGUUCACCUGCCGCUUCCCGGAAACCCAUUCCAGUUCCCCAUGUCACUCCGCGGCCAGGUGCCUCCGCCUGUUAUUAGGCAGCCUGAACCCACCCCUCCCCCACCGCCGCCGAAAUAUCCAAUUGAAGAUUUGCAGAUUGAGCCCCGCGGGCUUGUCAGGCCGCAACUCAAGUUCAUGUGCAAGGAUCCGCCCGUCGAUGUCGCGCCAGACGCGAAGCCACCCGACAGCGACGACAUCUUGAUGAAGUCGACACUACCCCUGCUCGAGACCUGGGACACCUUGAACGUCUACUGUGAGAUCUUCAAACUGGACUCUUUCACAUGGGAUGACUACCGGCAGGCCAUGGUUGUUCACUCUGAAGAGACCCCUGUUCAACUUUUUGAGGAGAUCCAUUGUGCGGUUCUCAAAAUCCUAGUCAGCUCUGAGGCGGAGGGUGGUAAAGUCCAGAUCCAGCUGCCGGAACUAGAGGAGGAGGAAGAGGAGGAAGAAGAGCAACUGGAAGAGAGCACUGCGCCCACGCCGGAACCAGACCCGCAACCCUCAGGCCGCGCCACCAGGAGCAGCAUGGCGAAGAUGGAGGCGGAGAGGUUAGCGGCAGAGGCUGCAGCCGCAGAGAAGGAGAUGCAGAAGGCUGAGGACGCGCCGAAGCAUAGGGCAGAGGAUGUACUCCGCGACUUCGACUGGAUCGAGCAACUCAAGAAGCGCGAUUUCCAGGACGGCGGCUGGGAAAUGAUCAUGGUUGGCCUGUUUCACCAACUGUCCAAGAACGAGCGACUGAAAGCGAGCUGCGAGGAGGUCCUGCAGCAGCUGGUCCCGACCGACAUUGAGCCCUCCCGGGAGACAGUGCGCCAGAGAUACGCCACGCUCGACGUCAACUUCCGCGCCCAAGCACUCCAGAUCAUCUGCAUGCUCACUACGGAAACGAAGGCCAUCCGCGGUUACAUGGAGGACUGCAGUGAGACGAUGACAGGGUACAGAAAGGAAAAGAUCGAGUGGCAGAGGAAGAGGAAGCAGUUAAUUGAGGAGCUCAAGGGGCUCCAUGACCAGCGCAAGAUCCUCUUGCCUGACAACCUUCCUCCAAGCCCUCCUCUGGAACCUGCCAAAACCAAUGGGGACGUUAAGAUGUCUGAUGUCGAAGACUUGCCCGCCAACGCUUCCGAUGAGGUUCCAGAAACGGAUGACGACGGGCCGGCGAGAAAGUUGCGGCGCGCCAACGACCGCGCGGCCGAGCGCAAGCGUAAGGCCGAGCAGGAGCAGCAGCGUAAGGAGAAGGCCGAGGCGGCUGCCAAGAUGCCGAAGCAGUCUAAGCAGUUUCAGCGGGUGCUUAAGGAGAUCCAGAAGAAAGAGGAAGAAGUUGCCGAAUGCGAACAGGAAAUCGCCGUCAUUGACAACGACCUCCGUGAGGCUGAUUGCCCCCGCACACGGGUGCUCGGCAAAGAUCGCUUCUGGAACAGGUACUACUGGUUCGAGCGCAACGGCAUGCCCUAUGGAGGCCUACCCAACAGCUCCACGGCAUCAGCGGGAUAUGCCAACGGGUGUAUUUGGGUGCAAGGGCCGGACGAGCUUGAGCGUGAGGGCUACAUCGAUAUGAAGCCCGAGUACCAGGACGAGUACAAGGCCAAGUUCGGCAUGACGGUCCCCGCGCGGAAGAAGCUCGAGGAGGGCGCCACUAGCGUGUUCAACGCCACACAGUGGGGCUACUACGACGACCCGGAAGAUGUCGACAAGCUUAUCAGCUGGUUAGACAUUCGCGGCGUCAACGAGCUGAAACUGCGCAAGGAGCUUGUCAACUACCGGGACAAGAUCGUCAAAAACAUGGAGAAUCGGAAGAAGUAUCUCGCACCAGCGGCAGAGAAGGAAAAGGACGACGAGGAUGGAGCCGCGUCGGUUACUGCCAUCGCAACCACAACAGGUGGAAACAAACGUAUGAGCACACGCGGAAGAGGUGUCACGACCAUUGUCGCGCCGCCCGCAGAGCCGGCACCGGAGCGGUAUAGGUGCAUGAACUGGCAAAACAUGAUGGCGCUCGAGGAGAUCGGGCACUUGCACAGCCAGGAACCGCCGCCGGCUCGGUCGAGGAAGGUGACCAAGAAAAAGGAGGCUGCGCUUGCGGCUGCGAAAGAGAAGGAAGUAAUGGUGGAGCCAGAAAUGGUCGUCACUAGAGGAAAGAAGGGACGACAGAGCGCUGGCGGGAGGUGA